AUGGGUGACCAAGAAAUAUUGUAUCAUUGGUUGGGCAAUUACAUUGCACAUUCACCCAGUUUCAUGGAUCUUCAAGAGAAACUAGAUUUAGCCAAAGAGGAAGUGCAGCAAUGUAAGCUCCAUUUAAAAUUAAAAACAAAGGCAGUGGAGGAUGCAUGUUUGUUGGCGAGUAAAUUAAAUAACAAAGCUGAAACUGUUGAAAGUGCAACACAGAAAGCUCUAGUGAAGAGCCAAGAUCAAAAGAAUAAUGUAAGUGUGGCAAUAAAGAAAAGAGUGAGAAGAAAGAAGAGAGUGCCAAGAAAGAAGGAGAGCAUUUAUCAAGGCAUGUUUGAAUUUCACAAGAAGGAUGUUAAACAAAUUGUUUGGCAUCUGAUAUUUGAGUUGAAGCCAUGUAUUGCUGUAACACUAUUGCCAGAACUGCCUGCCUACAUUCUGUUCAUGUGCAUUAGGCACACAGACCAUACAAAUGAUGAUGAGAAACUAUGGUCACUGCUUACAGCAACUGUCAACACCAUCAAGAAAGUUAUGAAGGAAAGACAUGAUGAUAUAGAUACAAUGAUUUUGUGGCUGACAAAUACUGUGAGACUUCUGAAUAACUUGAAACAGUAUAGUAGAGACAGAAAAUUCCAGACUGUAAAUACUCGCAGACAGAAUGAACAGUGUCUAAGGAACUUUUAUCUCUCUGAAUACAAACAAGUUCUUUCCAAUACUGCUGUAGAAAUCUACCAGAAUUCAGUUAUGUCAUAUUUGUUUAUAAAUGAGGGCUUCAUUGAAAAGUAUGGUAAUAAGAAAUGUUCAGGCUUUGAGAAGUUUCUGGUGCACAUAGAAGAACUAUAUAAAGACACAAAGAGUUCCAAUGAGUAG